AUGCCUUCAAGUCAACCCAUCGACAUCCCCGACGCCAAGAAAAGGAACAAGAAGAAGAAGCGCUGCAGAGCCACCGACAGCUUCUCCGGCAGGUUUGAAGAUGUUUACCAGCUGCAGGAGGAGGUGCUGGGAGAAGGGGCCCACGCCAGAGUCCAGUCCUGUGUUAACCUCAUCACCAACAAGGAGUACGCGGUGAAGAUCAUCGAGAAGCGCCUGGGACACAUCCGCAGCAGGGUCUUCCGGGAGGUGGAGAUGCUGUAUCAGUGCCAGGGACACAGGUACCAUGGGGCAGCCACGUUCUUUGAGGAGGAGGAGAGGUUUUACUUGGUGUUUGAGAAGAUGAGAGGAGGCUCCAUCCUGACCCACAUCCACCGGAGACGCCACUUCAACGAGCUGGAGGCCAGCGUGGUGGUGCGGGAUAUCGCCAGCGCCCUGCACUUCCUGCACAACAAAG